AUGGCCGAGGCCUUGACCCUAACUACAAACUCGAGCAACCUGAUCAUCGGUGAACAUUAUUUCAAUGCCGCAGGAGAUCCCUUCUUUGAUUUGAGCAUGAGUGGGUCAGAUGCUUGGAUGGCGUGCAAGAAGGAUGCGUCUGUGAGCGCACCAACAAGAGUUUCUCGUAUAUCUGGAAAAGACGAGAGCGAUGUUCCAUGGUUAAAGCUUGAUUGCAAGGAUUGCAAGGGCGUCAAGGAAGUCUAUCGAGUAAUGACCAUCGGCGGAGUUGCUCCAACAACAUGCGUGGUGCAGAAUGAUACCGUACUCGUUGAAUAUGCCGCAGAAUAUUGGUUCUACGGAUGA